GAAUUGGGCUGGCCUUGGCUGCAGCAGUGAAGGGUUACCGCUGUAUCAUUGUGAUGCCAGAGAAAAUGAGCAUGGAGAAGGUGGAUGUCCUGAGAGCUCUGGGUGCUGAGAUUGUGAGAACCCCAACUACUGCCAGAUUUGAUUCUCCUGAAUCUCACGUGGGAGUAGCAUGGAGGCUGAAAAACGAAAUCCCCAAUGCACACAUACUGGACCAGUACCGUAAUGCCAGCAACCCCCUGACGCACUAUGACACCACAGCUGAAGAGAUCCUGCAGCAAUGUGAAGGAAAAAUAGACAUGCUAGUGGCUACAGCUGGCACAGGAGGUACUAUCACUGGCCUCUCUAGAAAGCUAAAGGAGAAGUGUCCAGGUUGCAAAAUUAUAGGUGUUGAUCCUGAAGGCUCCAUCCUUGCUACACCAGAAGAACUGAACAAGACUGACAAGACAAUGUAUGAAGUGGAAGGAAUCGGAUAUGAUUUUGUCCCCACGGUGUUGGAUAGAUCUGUAGUGGACCAGUGGUACAAGAGCAAUGAUGAGGAGUCGUUUGCUUUAGCACGCAUGAUGAUCCGAGAGGAAGGACUGCUGUGCGGUGGCAGCUCAGGCAGUGCCAUGUCUGUAGCUGUGAAGGCAGCCAAAGAGCUGAAGGAAGGUCAGCGCUGUGUUGUUAUCCUCCCUGACUCUAUCAGGAACUACAUGUCCAAGUUCUUGAGUGACAAAUGGAUGAUUCAGAAAGGGUUUAUGAAAGAUGACCUUGUCAAAAAACCUUGGUGGUGGAACAUCAGUGUUCAGGAACUAAGCCUCUCUGCUCCCCUGACUGUGCUUCCAACUGUUACCUGUGCAAAGACUGUUGAAAUUCUCCGGGAGAAGGGAUUCGACCAGGUACCAGUUGUUGAUGAAUCUGGGGUGAUUUUGGGCAUGGUUACCCUGGGUAACAUGCUUUCUUCACUACUUGCUGGAAAAGUUCAGCCUUCUGAUGAAGUCAGCAAAGUAAUCUACAAGCAAUUUAAACAGAUUAACCUGAAAGACAACUUGGGGAAACUCUCUCAUAUCCUGGAAAUAGACCACUUUGCUCUAGUGGUUCAUGAACAAAUUCAGUAUCACACUGAUGGUUCCUCCAGUAAGCGGCAAAUGGUGUUUGGCAUCGUUACAGCCAUCGACCUGCUUAACUUUGUGACUGCACGAGAACGGGAAAGAAAGUCCAACUAAAGUCAAGUAGCA